CUCUGGAAGAACGUGACCCUCAAACGCCGGAGCCCGUGGGUGCUGGCAUUCGAGAUCUUUAUACCCUUGGUGCUUUUCUUCAUCCUCCUGGGGCUGCGGCAGAAGAAGCCCACCAUCCCAGUGAAGGAAGCUUUCUACACAGCAGCCCCUCUCACCUCUGCUGGGAUCCUGCCUGUGAUGCAGUCCUUGUGUCCUGAUGGGCAGAGAGAUGAGUUUGGAUUCCUCCAGUACUCCAACUCCACGGUGACCCAGCUCCUGGAGAGGCUCAGUGAGGUGGUGGAGGAGAGCAACCUGUUUGACCCAGACCACCCAGGGCUGGAGGAGGAGCUGGAGUCCUUGCACCGUCGCCUAGAGUCGCUCAGCAGCAGCGAGCCCAGUUCCAUGGAGACCCACUUCAGCAGUCAGGCAGCAUCUGGCUUCACCUUGGGCUCUGCAGCAAAAGACAGGAACGAACUUCACCACUUCCUCACCCAGAAUCUCUCCCUGCCCAAUGAGACAGCCGAGCUGCUGAUGGGCUCCAACGUCAACCUCAAGGAGGUGUAUCGCUUGUUUUUUGGCUCUUCUCCCUCCUCGGCAGAGGAUGUCCAUGAGAAGGAGCCAUGGGACCGCUUCAGUGCUGGGGAGAAGAUCCUCCAGCUGGAGGAGAGCCUCCUGGGUGGCUGGAGGAACCUGAAGGAGGGGCUGAUUCACAGGGCCCUGCGGAACCACACGCGAUCAAUCCACAGGCAGGCCCUGCUGCACCUCCUGUCCCAGGCCCUGGGCCUUGUUGGUUCCCCCUCUGAGGCCUCUGACUCCUACAGCCCCCAGGCCUUUGUGAAGGAGAUGGAGAACAUCCUUUUCACGCCGUCAGUGCUGGAGCAGCUGACCUGUGAUCAGAACCAGGGGGAGCUGAGGCGGAUCCUGACCAUCCAUGACAGCCAGCGGCCCUGGCUGCGGGGCUACCGGGCCUUGGUCUGCAAUGGGAGUGCUGGCAUCCGCAGGGAGCGCUUCGGCCAGCUGGCCGCAGAGCUCAAGGAGCAGCUGGACACACACGCAAUCGCCACUAGGCUGAAGCUGGACGAGGUGAACAGCACGGCUGCCCAACACCGGCUCCAUGCCCUACUGGAGGACCUCAUGGAGAUGGAGAAGGUUCUCAAGGAUGUGGACAUCCUCUCGGCUCUGGCCAAGUUGCUGCCUAAGGGUGCCUGCGCCAGCAAAACUCCCCCACCUAUAGCCAACAGCACCAGCUGGGGCGGGAACUCCACGGGCGGCACCAACUCCACCGUGGAGGAGGGUGAGGGCGAGCCAGUUGGGGAGAACCCCCAAGGCCAGUGCUCGGCCUUUGUGCAGCUCUGGGCAGGACUGCAGCCCAUCCUGUGUGGGAACAACCGGACAAUUGAGCCUGAGGCACUGAAGCAGGGCAACAUGAGCUCUCUGGGCUUCACCAGCAAGGAGCAGCGCAACCUGGGGCUCCUGGUACACCUCAUGACCAGCAACCCCAAGAUCCUCUACGCUCCAGUUGGGACAGAGGUGGACAAGGUCAUCCUGAAGGCCAACGAGACCUUUGCCUUCGUUGGGAACGUUACACACUAUGCCAAGGUCUGGCUAAACAUCUCCUCAGAGAUCCGGGGCUUCCUAGAGGAGGGAAAGCUGCAGAGGCGGAUCCGCUGGCUACAGCAGUUCACUGCUGACCUGCACAAACACCCUGAGAUCCUGAACGUCUCGGACAAUGACCUCCUCCGCAACUUCAUUGAUGGCAACUUCUCAUUGCCCAAUGCUAGUGCCCUGCUGCAGCAGCUGGACACCAUCGACAAUGCUGCCUGUGGCUGGAUGCGUUUCAUGUCCAAGGUCAGUGUGGACAUCUUCAAGGGCUUCCCUGACGAGGAGAGCAUAGUGAACUACACGCUGAACCAGGCAUAUCAGGACAAUGUCACUGUCUUUGCCAGUGUCAUCUUCCAGACCAACAAGGACGGCAGCCUCCCACCACAUGUGAUGUAUAAGAUCCGGCAGAACUCUAGCUUCACAGAGAAGACAAACGAGAUCCGCCGGGCAUACUGGCGGCCCGGCCCCAACACCGGUGGGCGCUUCUACUUCCUCUAUGGUUUUGUGUGGAUCCAGGACAUGAUGGAGCGGGCCCUUAUCAACACCUUUGUGGGCCAUGACGUGGUGGAGCCUGGCAAUUAUGUGCAGAUGUUUCCAUACCCGUGCUACACCAGGGAUGAUUUCCUGUUUGUCAUCGAGCACAUGAUGCCCUUGUGCAUGGUGAUCUCCUGGGUCUAUUCGGUGGCUAUGAUGAUCCAGCACAUUGUGGCAGAGAAGGAGCAUCGCCUGAAAGAGGUGAUGAAGAUGAUGGGCUUAAACAAUGCAGUGCACUGGGUGGCCUGGUUUAUCACUGGCUUUGUCCAGCUGUCUAUCUCUGUCACAGCACUCACCGCUAUUCUCAAGUAUGGCAAAGUCCUGAUGCACAGUGAUGUCUUCAUCAUCUGGCUCUUCCUGGCCAUCUAUGCUGUGGCUACCAUCAUGUUCUGCUUCCUGGUGUCUGUGCUGUACUCCAAGGCCAAGCUAGCCUCUGCCUGCGGGGGCAUCAUCUACUUCUUGAGCUACGUCCCCUACAUGUAUGUUGCCAUCCGGGAGGAAGUGGCUCAUGACAAGAUCACAGCCUUUGAGAAGUGCAUUGCAUCCCUCAUGUCGACCACAGCCUUUGGGCUGGGCUCCAAGUACUUUGCUCUGUACGAAGUGGCUGGUGUGGGCAUCCAGUGGCACACCUUCAGCCAGUCUCCUGUGGAAGGUGAUGACUUCAACCUGCUGCUGUCCAUGAUGAUGCUGAUCAUUGACGCCGUGGUGUAUGGAGUGCUGACAUGGUACAUUGAAGCAGUGCACCCAGGCAUGUAUGGCCUGCCCCGGCCCUGGUACUUCCCCUUCCAGAAGUCUUACUGGCUCGGAAAUGGACGGAUUGAAACCUGGGAAUGUACCUGGCCCUGGUCACGAACUACCCGCCUUAGCAUCAUGGAGGAGGAUCAAGCCUGUGCAAUGGAGAACAGGAGACUGGAUGAGACCCGAGGCAUUGAGGAGGAGCCGAACCACCUGCCCUUGGUCGUCUGCAUUGACAAGCUCACCAAGGUCUACAAAACAGACAAGAAGCUGGCACUGAACAAGCUGAGUCUGAACCUCUAUGAGAACCAAGUGGUGUCCUUCCUGGGGCACAAUGGGGCAGGCAAGACCACCACCAUGUCCAUCUUGACAGGCCUCUUUCCACCAACCUCGGGCUCUGCCACUAUCUAUGGCCACGACAUCCGGACAGAGAUGGAUGAGAUCCGGAAGAACUUGGGCAUGUGUCCGCAGCACAACGUGCUCUUUGACAAGCUGACAGUGGAGGAGCACCUCUGGUUCUACUCACAGCUCAAGAGCAUGGCAGAAGAGGAGAUCCGCAAGGAGAUGGAUAAGAUGAUCGAAGACCUGGAGCUGUCCAAUAAGCGGCACUCGCUGGUGCAGACGCUCUCUGGGGGGAUGAAGAGGAAGCUCUCGGUAGCCAUUGCCUUUGUGGGGGGUUCACGGGCUGUCAUCUUGGAUGAGCCCACAGCCGGUGUGGACCCGUAUGCACGCAGGGCCAUCUGGGAUCUGAUCCUCAAAUACAAACCAGGAAGGACCAUCCUCCUCUCCACACACCACAUGGAUGAGGCUGAUCUGCUGGGGGACCGCAUUGCCAUCAUUUCCCAUGGCAAGCUGAAGUGCUGUGGCUCCCCACUCUUCCUCAAGAGCACCUAUGGGGAUGGCUACAAGCUGACGGUGGUCAAAAGGCAGUCAGAUACCCGGAAUAGCACAGAUGCGGGACAGACUCACAGCCCUCCAUCCCACUCUUCAGUCAGCCCAUGCUCCGAGCCCCGGGUCUCCCAAUUCAUCAAAAAGUAUGUUGCCUCCUGCUUGCUGAUCUCGGACACCAACACAGAGCUCUCCUACAUCCUUCCCAGUGAGGCUGUCAAGAAAGGCUGCUUUGAGAGGCUUUUCCAGCACCUGGAACAGAGCUUGGAUGAGCUGGAUCUGACCAGCUUUGGGCUGAUGGACACGACCCUGGAAGAGGUCUUCUUGAAGGUCUCCGAGGAGGACCAGUCCUUGGAGAACAGUGAUAUUGAUGUGAAGGAGUCCAAGAAGGAUGCCCUGCAGCCACCAGCUCCCCCAACGGGCCUGAAGCCUGAGGCCAAUGGAGAGCCCCUUCCUGAAGUGGAGGCACCUGAGAAGCCAGACGUGGAGCUCAGCAACCUGGUGGCCUGCUCCAAGCUGGCCCAGUCCCAGGCGUCCCUGCGCUCGGCUUCCUCUGUGGGCUCCGUGCGGGGUGAUGAAGGUGGGGCUUAUUCGGAGUUCUAUGGGGAUUACUCUCCGUUGUUUGAUAAUCUGCAGGACCCUGAUAACAUCAGUCUGCAAGACCAAGAGGUUGAUGCUGAGGCUGAAGACCAGGCCCUGGCAGGACAGGGGAGCUUUAAGCUGGAGGGCUCCUGGCUCAAGCUACGCCAGUUCCACGGGCUGAUAGUCAAGCGCUUCCACUGUGCCAAACGCAACACCAAGGCCCUUUUCUCGCAGAUCCUGCUGCCCGCCUUCUUCGUCUGUGUGGCCAUGACUGUGGCACUCUCUGUGCCUGAAAUAGGUGACCUGCCCCCUCUGAUCCUCUCACCGUCUCAGUAUCACAACUACACCCAGCCCAAGGGCAAUUUCAUCCCUUAUGCCAAUGAGGAGCGACGCGAGUACCGCAUAAAGCUGUCUCCUGAUGCCAGCCCUCAGCUGCUCGUCAACACCUUCCACCUGCCCUCAGGGGUGGGGGCCACCUGCGUGCUGAAGACAGCCUUCAACAGCACCCUAGACCAGCUGGUGCAGACCUUGAACCUCAACAGCAAUGAGUCCAAGAUGCUGGCAGCCAAGUACUUUGAUGCCAUGUGUGUUGACUCCUUCACCCAGGGCCUGCCGCUCUCCAACUUUGUGCCGCCACCUCCAUCCCCUGCCCCGUCUGACUACCCUGUCUCCAUGGACGAGGUCUUGCUGCAUGCCUGGAACUCCACCACCUACCCCUCCACUGUCAAAGAGACCAUCACCUCAGCACCAUCCUUGCCCCGCAUCGUCCAUGAGCCGAUUAAGUGCACUUGCUCCAUGCAGGGGACGGGCUUCUCCUGCCCCAGUGGGGUGGGAGGCCACCCGCCCCAGAUGAAGGUUGUGACAGGGGACAUCCUAGCUGAUAUCACCGGGCGCAACGUUUCAGAGUACCUGCUGUACACCUCGGACCGCUUCCGACUGCACAGGUAUGGGGCGCUCACCUUUGGCAAUGUCCAGAAAUCCAUCCCAGCAUCCUUUGGGGUCAAGGCUCCUCCCACGGUGCGGAAGAUUGCGGUCAGGAGAACAGCCCAGGUCUUCUACAACAACAAGGGCUACCACAGCAUGCCCACCUACCUCAAUGCGCUGAACAACGCCAUCCUGCGCGCCAACUUGCCCAAAAGCAGGGGAAAUCCAGCUGCCUAUGGUAUCACAGUAACCAAUCACCCCAUGAACAAGACCAGCGCCAGCCUCUCCCUGGAUUACCUCCUGCAAGGCACAGAUGUGGUCAUUGCCAUCUUCAUCAUUGUGGCCAUGUCCUUCGUGCCAGCCAGCUUUGUGGUGUUCCUAGUGGCUGAGAAGGCUACCAAAGCCAAGCACCUGCAGUUCGUGAGUGGCUGCGACCCAGUGAUCUAUUGGCUGGCCAACUAUGUCUGGGAUAUGCUGAACUAUCUGGUGCCGGCCACCUGCUGCAUCAUCAUCCUCUUUGUGUUCGACCUUCCGGCAUACACCUCUUCCACCAACUUCCCGGCCGUCCUCUCGCUUUUCCUGCUCUAUGGUUGGUCUAUUACCCCCAUCAUGUACCCAGCCUCCUUCUGGUUUGAGGUGCCCAGCUCAGCUUAUGUCUUCUUGAUCGUUAUUAACCUCUUCAUUGGCAUCACGGCCACCGUUGCAACCUUCCUACUGCAGCUCUUUGAGCAUGACAAGGACUUGAAGGUCGUUAACAGCUACCUGAAGAGCUGCUUCCUCAUCUUCCCUAACUACAACCUGGGCCAUGGGCUGAUGGAAAUGGCAUACAACGAAUACAUCAAUGAAUACUACGCCAAGAUCGGGCAGUUUGAUAAAAUUAAAUCACCCUUUGAGUGGGACAUCGUGACCCGUGGCCUGGUCGCCAUGACAAUUGAAGGCUUUGUUGGUUUCUUCAUCACGAUUAUGUGCCAGUAUAACUUCCUUCGGAAACCACAGCGGCUGCCUGUCUCCACCAAACCCAUUGAGGAUGACAUCGAUGUGGCCAACGAGAGGCACCGGGUCCUGCGUGGCGAUGCUGACAAUGACAUGCUCAAGAUAGAGAACCUGACCAAGGUCUACAAGUCCCGCAAGAUUGGGCGCAUCCUGGCUGUGGACCGGCUGUGCGUGGGUGUUCGUCCUGGGGAGUGCUUCGGAUUGCUGGGUGUCAAUGGAGCAGGCAAGACCACCACCUUCAAGAUGCUGACUGGGGAUGAGAGCACCACAGGGGGAGAGGCCUUCAUCAACGGACACAGCAUCCUGAAGGAGCUGCUCCAGGUGCAGCAGAGCUUGGGCUACUGCCCCCAGUUCGAUGCCCUCUUCGACGAGCUCACGGCUCAGGAGCACCUGGAGCUGUACACCCGGCUGCGUGGCAUCCCCUGGAAGGAUGAGGAGAGGGUGGUGAAGUGGGCGCUAAAGAAGCUGGAACUCGCCAAAUACGCUGACAAGCCAGCCAGCACCUACAGCGGAGGCAACAAGAGGAAACUGUCCACAGCCAUCGCCCUGAUUGGAUACCCUGCCUUUAUCUUUCUGGACGAGCCCACAACGGGCAUGGACCCCAAGGCACGUCGCUUCCUGUGGAACCUCAUCUUGGACAUCAUCAAAACUGGCCGCUCAGUUGUGCUGACAUCCCACAGCAUGGAGGAGUGCGAGGCGCUGUGCACCAGGCUGGCCAUCAUGGUGAAUGGGCGGCUCAAGUGUCUUGGCAGCAUCCAGCACCUGAAAAACAGAUUUGGAGAUGGCUACAUGAUCACAGUACGGACCAAGUCCAGCCUCAACGUCAAGGAAGUAGUGCGGUUCUUCAACCGGAACUUCCCAGAGGCCAUCCUCAAGGAGCGACACCACACCAAGGUGCAGUACCAGCUCAAGUCGGAGCAGAUCUCACUGGCCCAGGUCUUUAGCAAGAUGGAGCAGGUGGUGGACGUGCUGGGCAUAGAGGACUACUCGGUCAGCCAGACCACGCUCGAUAACGUGUUUGUGAAUUUUGCCAAGAAGCAAAGCGACAACCUGGAGCAGCAGGAGACCAGCCCCAACUGUUCCAUCCAGUCACCCCUGGAGCGUGUCCUGAGCUUGCUGCGCCCACGUGCUGCCCCCACUGAGCUGCGGGCCCUGGUGGUGGAGGAACCUGAGGACCUGGAGACUGAUGAUGAGGGCUUGAUCAGCUUUGAGGAGGAGAGGGCUCAGCUGUCCUUCAACACGGACACACUCUGCUGAGGAAUCGCGGGAGCGAACUCCCCAGCUUUGGAGCCGCCAACUCCCUCUUCUGCCCUUGCGCCCUCUCCCCUGCCCCAGUCCUGCCUGCCCCGACCUCUACGGAGCAGCACUCAUCCAGCAUUAGCAAGACUGGCGGCCAUCUCCACAUCCAUUGGCGAGGCCAGUAGUGGCCUGGAUCCUCCAGUCUGAGCCGGAGGCUGCUGUGGAACCCCUGUAGAGGGCAGAGCGUUGGCCUGGAUGGACCAGGGGUGGCUUGUCCCCCUGCACCAGCUACCUGCUGGACCCACAAGCCAGGUGCACGCCUGCCCUGGACUGCCUUGACCACUUUGCUUGUGGUAGAGAAGAGGACGGGUUGCCUGGGGCUUCCCAGGCAGGGGGACAGUCAGGAAGAUGGGAGCGGGAGCAAGGAACAGGUGUACAGAUCAGCCAGCACUUCUGCUGCUUUCUUUGCUCACUGGACGUGGGAGAGGAGCAGGGCCACGCUGCCCUGUGGACAGCAGUGGGGCUGCACAGAAGGACUGACCCGUCUGCUUCUGCUGCCCUGCCAGUG